AUGGGGCCGCAAGUGGGGCCGCAAGUGGCGCCGCCGCCGCCGCUCUCGCUGCUGCUGCAGGCUUUGCUGCUGUCAGCACUGCUGUACGGCGCCCAGGGGGCCACGCUCUCGACGCAGCCCACUGCGAAGACCACGCCUUCGUCGCCGCCGCCGCCCGCCGUGACGAACGACAGCCAGCCGGGCUCGCCGCACAAUGGCACACACCCGCUGAGCUCGCCGGGCUCGCCGCUGCUGCGCUCUUUCUACGUGCUCACGGGCAUCAGCGGCCUGGCCGCGCUCUACUUCCUCAUCCGGGCCUUCAGGUUGAAGAAGCCACAGCGGCAGAGGUACGGCCUCCUGGCCAACAGCGAGGACUCCGCCGAGAUGGGCUCACCCGACAGCGACGAGGAGACCGUCUUUGAAACAAGGACUCUGAGAUGAUGCCCCAGUGGUGGUGGCGGCGUUCCCAGCAGCCCCAGAGGAAGGACCAGGGGCAGGGCCGGCUCCCAUGCCCAGUGGUGCCUGGCCAACUCUCCUGCUGGCUUUGGUGAGGGCUUGAUUAGGUGGCAGCCCCAGGAGCGCCUGUCGGAACCUGCCGAGCACACCCGAAGCAGCCGCAGCCAGCCCCACCCUAGAGCCUGAGAACCCCGCCUGGACUCUGCGGUCUCCUCGUCUGGACUGUGACUGUGGCCGCUCCACCUCCCUGAUGGGGUGCAGUAUCGUCGAGCUGAGGGCGGUUGGGCAGGCGGAUCUGUCAGGAGCGCCUGCGUGCUGGAUUAGGGACAAUAAAAGUGGUAGUGACCACAGCUGGUGACCGACUCCGUGCCGUGCCGUUGCUGGGAGCCAGACCCAGGCGUCCUGACUCCGAGCACAGCAGU